UUCGUCAUUGUUGCCAUCUUUGACGAUCAACUCUACAGCAAUGCAUCGAAAUCACACUGUGAUAUCGGAGUUUCGGGUACUAAAUAGAAAAAUCUUUUCCGACUGUCCAGAUCUGAACCCUUUUCUUCAAAUUAGUGUUAGUCCCUUUUCCAACAUUUCUGACGAAGAGUACGUCAAUGUUACCGUUGGUGGAGUUUUGUUUCCUUCAAAGCUUGAUUGGGUCGCCAUGGUUGCACCAGCUUAUUCUGAUGUCUCGAGUUGUUUAUCGAACUUUGCUCUCUAUGUUCAGACUGGUGAUCUUAGCCAACUUCCUUUGCUCUGCCAUUAUCCCGUUAAGGUAAGCCAAUGACUAAAUUCUAUUAUGUUGUGUAUUUACACCAU